AUGGCUCCUGGCAUUCUACGCAUAGUGCCUCCUGAAGGAAGUGAGGUGCUGCCCAGAGAGGGCAACCUCGUUGCUGUGCGCGCGGAAGGAAAUCCUGCUGCUUGUGCGGUGGGUCGACUGCGACUACCAGCUGCAGCAGUAGGUGCUGGAACCAAGGGCGAAGCCGUCGAAGUCCUGCAUUACUUCGGCGAUGCUUUGUGGGAGGCAAUGGGAAGCCCACGGCCAGAUGGCUUUGUAGGUGCCGAGAUCCAGCCUACUGAGGCGACGGAGGUGCAGGCUUCGGCUCCGGCAGAAGCGCAAGGAUAUCCUCCGACGACGGAGGUGGACGCCGCCAAGGACUCCGAAGAGUCAGGGGCCAAAGCUGGACCGGACAUGGACAAGGCACUCGAAGAGACCCUGCUGCAGGCCAUCAAGACUCGCAUCAAGGAUCGGGACUUGCCCAUGGCUGGCAACGUGGUCUACACGCAGCACAUGCGACCCUGCAGGAGGGCCGGAUCCAACAUCGAUGUCAAGGUUAGUUCUUUCAAGAAGCUCGGUGCAUUUCUUGCCCAUGCCGAGGACUUGCAAGGCUCCAAGAGCAGGGACGCCCAGGGAAAGCCCCGGGCGGCCCUGACAAUGCGACACAAAGCUUGCAAGAAAUGCGUCAUCACCAUCACCAUCACCAGACCAUCCAUGGCAACCAUCUUCAUCGUAGGAAUGCAGGAGCUGGGAUGGAUUGCCAUGAAGAAGUCGUCAGAUCCUGUGAUGACGAGGAUUUUCCGCGACCAUCCCGACAUCCGGGAAUGGAAGCCGUGGCCAAAGCAUGUGGUCACGGCAGAAGCUGACGAAGCACCUGCAGAAGCUGCAGGGAAAGAUGCGAAUUGCCCAUCUGCAGCCAUCCAGAUUGAGCUGGUGUGGAAGAUAGUGAAGCUGAAGCCCAUACUGGAGGUGCUGAAGGCAGAGAUGCCCUCCGAUGAGUGCUGGACGCGGGAGGAGUUCCCAAGCAGUGAAGUUGUAUGCAGACGCUCGUUGAAAAACAACCGCAAGCGCAUCGGCCCAGACCCGUUGCUGCACUCUGCUCUGCAGACGCCGUCAGAGGAGUCGGCUGCCAGCAUGUCGCCCGACGCCGUCACAGACAAUAUCCUGAGGACACUUCCAUUGUGUCAUCGUGUGACUGCUCCGCAGGGCGGGGCCGCCGGAGGUUUGAAGACGAGCGUGAGGCCCGGCAAGCCCCCGUCGGUCCAGGUGAGAACAGACACACGCCGUGGCCACAACGUCACUUUGAUCCAGGGGCUCGAGGCAUAUGGUGUCAACAUGGAGGCCUUUGCAUCUUCCUUGCAGAAGGCUUUGGCAUCUGCGGCCGUUGUGGAAGAGGCCUCGCCAACGCAAGCGGCCUGCGUGAUGGUCCAAGGCUUUUGGGAUGUGGCUGUCAUGGACUGGCUUGUAAAGGUUGGCAUUCCUUCAGAAUGCAUCCUGCAUCAGGCCAAGAAAGGGCAGCAACAGAAGAAAGCCAAGCAGGCUUCCAACAUCGGGACCAGCUCCGAAGCAGAUGCCGCGUCGACGCAGGAUCGGAGGCUGUGGCCUCACGUUGUGCCUUAUCGCCUUGGGAUGCUUCGCUUCUCGGAUUUCGGCCUUUUGCAGGCCCUCCGUUGCCAGAAAGCCACCGCAGGCACCCGUCUUGGACCCCGAAAGCUUCCGUCAGUUGCACAGGGACCUGACCUGCAGGUCUCCCGGGCAGCAAGAACACCGGGAAACCAACCGACUGAACAGCCAGGUGCCACCAGCACCUGA